UGUAGCCAAAUUAGCCAGUGCUACUCUAAUACUUGUAGCCAAGUCAGCCAUUGCUACUCUGCUAAUACUUGUAGCCAAGUCAGCCAUUGCUACUCUGCUAAUACUUGUAGCCAUGUCAGCCAAUGCUACUCUGCUAAUACUUGUAGCCAAGUCAGUCAUUGCUACUCUGCUUAUUCUUGUAGCCAAGUCAGUCAUUGCUACUCUGCUAAUUCUUGUAGCCAAGUCAGUCAUUGCUACUCUGCUAAUUCUUGUAGCCAAGCCAGUCAUUGCUACUCUGCUAAUACUUGUAGCCAAGUCAGUCAUUGCUACUCUGCUUAUUCUUGUAGCCAAGUCAGUCAUUGC